CCCCAUUACAUUUCCACACACAGCUUACCACCAUUCAAAGGCAAUAAGUAAUUUUUUUGAAAGAUUCAUAGCAAUGGCAACCAAUACACAAAAGCAACAAUCUCAAGCUGCUAGACACCAAGAAGUUGGCCACAAAAGCCUUUUACAAACUGAUGAUCUUUACCAAUAUAUACUUGAAACCAGUGUGUAUCCUAGGGAGCCUCAACCUAUGAAAGAGCUCAGAGAGUUGACUGCCAAGCACCCAUGGAACUUGAUGACAACAUCAGCUGAUGAAGGCCAGUUCUUGAACAUGUUGCUUAAGUUGAUCAAUGCCAAGAACACCAUGGAAAUUGGGGUUUACACUGGCUAUUCUCUUUUAGCCACUGCCCUUGCUCUCCCUCAUGAUGGAAAGAUCUUGGCCAUGGAUAUUAAUAGAAAAAACUAUGAGUUGGGUCUACCUGUUAUCCAAAAAGCUGGUGUUGCACACAAAAUCGAGUUCAAAGAAGGCCCUGCAAUGCCGGUUCUUGAUGAACUACUCCAAGAUGAAAAGAAUCAUGGGUCGUAUGAUUUUAUCUUUGUGGAUGCUGAUAAAGACAAUUACUUGAACUACCACAAGAGGUUGAUCGAACUGGUCAAAGUGGGUGGCUUGAUCGGCUACGACAACACGCUGUGGAAUGGGUCGGUGGUGGCGCCGGCGGAUGCUCCUCUCCGGAAGUACGUCAGGUAUUAUAGAGACUUUGUUAUGGAACUCAACAAGGCUCUUGCUGUUGACCCCAGGAUUGAGAUCUGUAUGCUUCCUGUCGGCGAUGGAAUCACCCUCUGCCGUCGGCUCAAAUGAACCGCCGCUGUUUCCACCGAAGUUUGAUCACGACGUUAGUGUCUUUUCUGCAUACUGUAUUGAUAAUAUUCAAUGUGAUCCCACCUGGCCACCACCACCCUAUGUAUUGGCUGAUUGGAGGAUGCCAUAUUUUUAUAUGUUAAUUUGGUAUUUUUAAACAUUCCAAAUUAUAAUCAAUUCAAUGGAAAUUUUAAGAUA